ACCAAAAGCAUAAAUGUAAAUGACUAUUAGCAUUGCUUUUUCUGUCUUUCUCUAUUAUGUUUAUUAUUUCUGUCUCUCUAGAACACAUUUCCAGUGCUGUCUCUCUGUCUGAAUGACUCAGACCUGUGGCUCACGUUCUCACGCAGUUCCUGCUGCGAACAGGAAAUCCUGUCUCCCAUUGCCAAGAAGAUCUCCCUCUUUCAGCAGGUGUUGGUGGUUCAGGCGUUAUGGCCGGAUUGCUUACAGAUUGGUAUGGCAGCUUAUGCAUCCCAAGCUUUGGGGAUGAGGGAACUGUGUCCUCCUCAGCUGAAUCUGAAGCGUCUGUAUGGAGAGACGCUGGAGUCUGAGCCCGUCAUACUGAUCAUCUCUGCCGGCGCGGAUCUAUCUCAGGAGCUCCGGGAACUCGCCAGUCAGAUCGUGGUGCGAGAAAUCUUCCAUGAGGUGGUGAUGGCUGUCCUUGAAGAACCUGCACCUGGUCACAGCGUGGCUCCCCCUGCUGGAGAAGGAGCUCAACAGUAUGAAACCCAAAGCCAGCUUCAGAUUCUGGUUGACUGCUGAGGUUCAUGUGAAGUUCACUCCUGUACUGCUCCAGUCCAGCCUGAAGGUCACCUAUGAGGUCAGUGUGUGUCAAAUAUAAUGUAUUCUCUUUUUAAUGAACCAAUUUUGAUUUUUACAUUUUAAAUCUACUGUAUGCUGUUUUGGGUUUAUGCAUCAACAAAACUUGAAACAUUAUUUUUAGCAUGCUUCUUAUUCAAUAAUGAUGUUUAUUAAUAAAAUGAUUAUUUAAAAAUCAGUAAAGACAUCAGUAAAGCAUUUUGUAAACAAUAUGUCACAUUAACCUCAGGAAAAACAUUCAGUGUCCAUAUAAUCAAGAUCAGAAUUGAGAAUCGAAAAGCUUGUGGUUUGACAUCGAUUUGACAUUUGACCAUCGCUGGAAUUCAGACAGAGCUCUUGAAUCUGUUUGGGCAAUUAAUUCAGACUCUGAAUUAAAAUACUUAGCCUUUGAAGAGAUCCAUUUAAUUAACUGAGGCUUUUGCUUUUCUCUUUCAUAAUGUCUCUCUCUCCUAAAGUGGGCCGGAUCUAAUAAGCUGUGUAGGAGAGAACUAAUUCAAAGUGUCUCUUGAAAGGAUUUUGUGAAAGAAGCAGGAUGUUUCUUGCUUCACAGUUAAACUAAACUAUAAAAUGGCAUUAUUUUGAUGAUUGUGACGUCACAUAGGCUCUUUAACAUAUUGCCACAUAAACACUUAUUCAGUAUUCAGCGACGUGAUGUGACUGUGAACUGUGCAUAAAGGUCGGUGAUUAGCAGAGAUCAUUUCAUGGUCCUAAAGAGACUCUUUUUGGUGGUAUAUGGACUUCAGUGUGAAAAAUGAAAUGCUACAGAAGUGUCAAUCAUGAGCCUUUUGAAGGAAAUGGAAACCAAAGGUUUAUAACAGCCAUUAUAGAAAAACAUGGUGUUAUUUUCACCAGGGAUCUUGACACAAUCAUCACAAUCAGCAGCCGUGCAGAUCUCUGUUUGUCCAGGAAACUAGAUUUUACUAGUGCUGUCUCAAUG